AUGGCCGAAGGCGGAACACUCUCCAACGAAAGCUGGUCGCCGUCCAAGUUCUUGAACACCGUUGGGGGUUGCUCCUCUUCCGACAACGAAAGUGGAGAGUUUAGAGCGUUUGAGCCCGAAUUACCAGACGACUUGCCACAACGAUGUGGUGCCGUCUCCUCUGCUGGAUCGUGUGAGGAUUCAAUCUUGGAUAAAGGCACUCUUUUCUCUCCAAACGAAAACGCAGACAGUCUGUUCUGGUUCCCAGUGGACGAUGACAGCGUCGAGUCCUUGCUGGAAGGAGAUAACAUUAUUGAUUAG